AUGUCGCAAACAGUAAGACGAAGCAAGGUAUCCAUCCUGCUAUAUACCAAGCGGCAAGCAGAAUAUAUGAAAGACGAAGCAAGAACAUGGGCGCUCAGACCUGAAAAUCAAGAUUUUGUACGCUACUCAGAUAGUGAUAGUGAAGAAGAAACCCCUACUGAGCAACAUAUAACACUUUGCACUUCAUAUAACUUUGUUGACUAUGUGCGUUCUAGAGAAAUUCAAGCUCCUGAGGAGGUCCGGGCCUUCAACCCUCGUUGGCGCGAGAUCGCCGCGCUGAGCCUCGACGGGUACAUCCAUGUGUUCGAUGCUUCCACCUUCAGACAAACCCUUUCACAAAAGUUACCUUCUCGUCAGGACCUCUUUUGCCUCGCCACACAAGAAAGCGGUUCAUUAUACGCGAUCGGUUGUAAGUCGUACACGUUACUUCUGGAUUCUCGGACGCUAAAGUCUGUUAAGAAGAUAACGUCUCGUAACAACGUUUGUGGGAUACGAUCGGCGACGUUCCGUGGAGACCUACUCACUAUUAGUACUGAAGUCGGUCUUCUCAUGUUCUACGACGUAAGAGCCGGCAAAUACCUCAAGAGCAAUUUACAUCCAACAAAAACUGUAGCACUAAGGGCUUGGAGGGUAUGUGCUCCCGGACGAAGGAGUGGACGGACACCAACAAGUGAAUAUACACAUUGCUAUGACGAUAGUGGUACGACAAUAUUCACAGCCGGUGGGCCUUCUCCUGCCGCUCUUAUAGGGAACUACGCUGGGAUAUGGCAAUAA